UACUUAGCUCGAAUAGUUAUCAAUAGUUGAUGUUCUCAAAUUCAUCAUUUUUCAUGGAAUUUGAAUGCUAACUUAUAAAAAAAUGAAUAGAAAAUAAUAAUCUUAUGUAUUCAUAGUACCUUUGAUUGUAAGUUAUUGUGACUAACGUGUAAAUACAUGCAAAGUGAUAUAUAAUUUUGACAUAUGAUAUAUUUCAUGAGUAUAAAAUCAUUUUCUCUCGCUUUACUGUUAUAUCGGCCGGUUAUAGCGAGAACUGUGAAAAUGGAUGUUUUGAGACCCUUUCAGAACCUCUCUUGGUGCAAACCAGACUGGUGCUUCCCUAGCAUGAGUAAGGAGACAAAUGAAUUACUGAGACAGUGUAUUGAUCUUCCAAAGCCAGAGUUAUCUGACAAUGUCGAUGAAAUUAUUGAGAAAAGCAAGCAAUUUCCGAUACCAUUCCCCAUUGACACUGCCAGAUUACACAAACUGAAAUUGAAGAGGCCUUUGGAUAGUUUGAAGAAGAAUAUAGUGUCCACAUACCCAGUCAUACAUGAGAGGGUGCUUCUACUCAUGACACACUUUCUUAUAUACAAAAGGGAAUUUGGGACGAGCAUAGAGAAGGCAUUUUACAAGGAUGUGACGGUACCAAUUUUAAUUGAUAGGAUAUUAAAAAAGCGCGCAGUGGUCUUUAUGGGCGAGGAUGAUCAUUACAAACUAUUCAGCGGCGAGAUGGGGUCUGACGGCUGGGAGGCGGUCGGCACUGUACACCAGAAACCACCAUUAGUACUAGAGAACUGUCUCAGCUACGAUGAGAUGAAACUAUCAGCUAUGGUGUUUGUGAGUGGCCAUACAGAAUGCAUUAACAAUGGAGCUAGACACAACGUCGGGGUAGAAAUGGAGGAGGGAAUAGAGAAGAAUGCUGUUAUUAUUGGAGUUAUCGGCACCCGUUUCGAACGACGUGCACGCAUGGAUUGUGAAGAUAUCCUCAUUACUGAACAGCAGAACACGUGGGAGAAUGGAUAUGGUGAAGAAGUGACACCUACCACAUGUUUCAAUGUACUAAAAACAACAUAUGUCAGGAACAACCAAUCGGCUAAGCAUAUGUGGAGACAGAUUUGGUCAGAGUUCUAUCAGGUACAUAGCUACACAUAUGAAGAAUUGACGUCCUACGUUAACAUAGAAGAUAAAAGUGAAGACAAGAGAUACAUAGAGAGAUAUGUGAAGUGCUCCUCACAAGAAUGCAGCAAUAAUGUUAUAUUUGACAACGAGGUUUACUACAAACGACUUAGUGUUUUAGUAGAGACCACACUGUUGGAAGCAGAGUACAGAGCUAGUGAAGCUGGGAAGGAUGCAUUUGUGAAUAUUAUUGGUGCUGGUCUGGGCGUAUGGAAGGUGUCAUCACACCAAGCCGAUGUAUACAUCCUUACAUUCCUGGAAAGGAUACGAUCUCUCCUAAAGAAGGAUUUGUUGAACCAUAUAUCCGACGUUAACUUCGCAUAUGUGAGACCCACUAGCGGUGUUUUAGCUCUUUUCACAUCGGAUACGGAUACCGAGAAGCGGAUAUUCUUCGAGUGCAAGCGGCAUCCUCGGGGCGGCAUCAAUGUGCAGUUGGAGAAUAGAGAGCCAUCAUCUGAGUUGAGUGGUGAACAUGAAGGGAAGUUGUUGGUGAUGACAUACGCUUGGGAUGGGAAUGCACAUCCUGGGAAUGAGUUCUGGUUAGGAAGCCUAGACGGGUCUGGGGAUCCAGCGGCAGCGUGUUCCACACAAGUGGCGGAGCUCCACAACGCUCACGUGAACGCAGCUGUCAGCGGGUACAACGUCCGCGUCGCCGGCAGGCUAGGGCUUCGUCCCCUUUCAGACUAUUGCCUCGCACUUAGCUCGUAAGACUUGCUAUAUACUUAUACUUUAGAGUUGUCGACCGUCCUGUUUUCCCUGGACAUAAUAAUAAUAGUCUGAAAUAAUUAAAUUUACAAAAAAAUCACCCUUCGAAAGGCUGCCUACUUGGUUUCGGCUCAUAAGUGUAGUUUAUACGCCAUGAAGCGUAAAAAAACCAGCAAAAGCUUUGAAAAUGAGACAACAAUAAUAAUAAUAAUAAUAGUCAGUCGCUUUCUAAAUGCCACAACAGAAUAAAAAUGAAAAUCAUCACGCAAAAUAAAGUAACGAGAAACUUUGUUAAUUUUUUUUGCGUGAUAAAAUUAAUUUUUAACGUGAGACUUAAAAUGUCCCGUCCUCGGUACUAAUCACCAGCUUAAGCUGUGAAAAGGAGAGAUAAUAAUAAUAAUGAAUCUCUCUCUCUCUCUCUCUCUCUCUUGGAUAUGCUGAAAAGGUACAUAUACAAAUUGUAUUUAUGUAUAAUCCCAUCAUUUGUAAUACAAUAAAUAAAUGUCAGUAUAUAAUCUGUAUAUACAUAUAUUCCAUUUGAAUAAUGUAUACAUUAUGUAUUGAAAAUUCUUGCCAUGCUAUAAAAGAUAAAACUAAAAGGGUUUGAUUAUAAUUAGCAAUAUUUAUAAAUUGUUUUUUAUAAUUUUUAUGUAUACUGUGAUAAGAAAUUAAUAUUUCUUUCUUAUUGGAUGAAAUUCUAUAUAUAUUUUAAUUUUUAUAUAAUCAAGCCUAAUUUGAAUCAAGAAGGUAGGCAUAUUAUAAUUAGAUUCACAGGUUUAUUAUCAUCAACAGUUUCAAGAGGAAUUUGUGAGAAAUAUCUAUUUCGUUACAGUAAUAAAUUAAAUAAAAUAAAUU